ACCAACAUUAGAAUUAAAGUUGAUAUUUAUAAUCUUUAUUCAUGUGAUCAUGAUUCAUUUUAAAUUAUUAAAAGGGAAAUACCCGUUAUUUCAUCAAAAAAUACUGUAGUAUGUAUAUAAGAACAAGUCAUUUCUGAUCAUUCCUGAACAAAUCAUUAAUUUGUAUAAAUAUAAUUUGUAUAAUAAAAUAUAAAUCACUUUUAUUGGUACAUUUUUUAUUUUUAAUAAGAAUUUAAUCAGCUUAUUUUAGAUAUACAUUGUUAGAAUAUAAACCUGAUGACAAAAUGAAUACAUAUGUAAAACCUCCUGAUCCUUUAUCUGAUAAUGGAGAUAUUACUCAAAAUUGGAAGCAAUGGAAGAAAGAUUUUAUGAUAUUUAUGAAUGUAAGUAAUUCGAUGGAUAAACCAAAAGAACAACAAGCUUAUCUUUUAAGAAGUUGUAUAGGAAAAAUUGGUCAAAAUGCUAUAGAAAAAGUUGUUUCAACCAAUUUGAAAGAAAAAGAUGAUAUGAAUAUAUUAUUAGCAAAACUUGAUAAAUAUUUUUGUCCUUCUAAAAAUGAAGUUAUUGAAAGAUAUAACUUCUUUAAUUCAAGAAAAAAAAAAGAUGAAUCUAUUGAAACUUAUAUCACUCAAUUGAAAAUUAAAGCAAAAACUUGUAACUUUGGAAAACUGACAGACAGUUUAAUUAGAGAUAAAAUAAUUAUGGAAAUUAAUGAUAAACAUCUGAAAACAAAAAUUUUUAAUACAGAAAAUCUCAAUUUAUUAAUAUUAAUACAAAUUUUUAAUGAGCAUCAAAAUUUACAAAAAAAAAAAGAAGAAAACAAGAAAAAAAAUGAUAUAAAAAGUGAUAAUGCAUCUUUUAAAAAUACACCUAAUGUUGUUAAAAAUAUUGAUGAAAAGACUAAUAGUUCAAAUAAUAAUGAAAAAUCAAUAAACAUGCAAAAUAAAAGAAAUUGUAGAAAAUGUAAUCGAAGACAUCCUAUAAAAGCUUGUCCUGCUUGGGGUUUGAAAUGUGAAAAAUGUGGCAUAUACAAUCAUUAUACUAAUUGUUGUCCAACUCAAUUUAAUGAAAAAAAAGAACAAAAAUCAAAUAUUACUGGUAAUAUGAAUUUACAAAAAGAAAAUUUACAGAUUCCUAGUGCUCCACCACUUUUGCAUAUUGAUUCCAGACAGAUUUACCCACAUUUAGAUCAUAUAAAAAUGUGUCAAGAAACAAUGAACGUAUAUAAUCAACAUACAAUUCCAUCGACACAGCCAAAUUCAUGGUCAUGGAUAGAGAAUAAACAUAAAAUUACUAACGAAAAUUUACAAAAUAAUAAUAUUUCAUCGCCUCCAAUAUCAAAUAUGAAUACUGGAUAUGAAAAUAAUAUGGAAGUUCCUGAAUUAAAACAAAAAAGCAUUAGUGGCACUAAUAAAAAUGAUACUUUUGAAAAUAAAUGUCGAAUAUCAUAGAAAAACAUGUAAGAUAUUUUAAUUAUAUUAUUGUAUAAUUUAAUAUUUUUUAUAUAAUAUGAUAUACUUUCAAUCAUUUAUUCUAAAAAUAAUUAAAAAUUUGUGAUAUUAAAUAAAAGAAUAUAUUAUUAUAUCUAAUAUUAUAUGUAAAAUGUAUUAUAUAUAAAUAAAUUUCAAUUUUGAUUUAUUA